GAGAUGACGACGCACCAUCGGAAGCUGAUCUACGAAGACGUCCUGAACGUCAUGCAGCUGAGCAACAUCCAGAACUCCAUCGUCGGUGGAUUGGAGCAGCGCGGCAUUUCCGGAGGGCAGCGCAAGCGCGUGUCUAUUGGCCUGGAGCUCGCAGCGGAUCCAACGAUGCUAUUCCUGGACGAGCCUACUUCAGGUCUGGAUGCCGCCAGCUCCCUGUCCAUCGUGAACUCGUUGAAGAAGUUGGCCCAGCUCGGAAUGACAAGUGUGAUGGUCGUCCACCAGCCUCGAUGGUCCUUGUUUUCUCUCUUCGACGACGUGCUGCUGCUGGGGAAGGGCGGUCGAACGGUGUAUCUGGGCCCUGCCCAAGGUGCACAGCGCUAUUUCCAGCAGCUGGGUUUCGAGGCCCCCGAAUCCGAAAAUCCUGCCGACUGGAUUAUGGACAUCAUUGCCGGCGAAGUGCCCAAUCAUCGCAUCCCGCAGUUCAUCCCGGAGAUGCUUUACGAGCUCUGGGAGAUCAAUGCUCAUGUGGUGCAAAAGUCUGCAAGGGCCGUGGCAGUUCAGGAAAAGGAAACUUUGCCGAAAGAUGAGUGGCAUACCAUGGUCAAGAAGCUGGACGAGGAUUGGUCGAUGAUUUGCUACAAGAAUGCUCCUUCUGCAGUGGACCCAAAGAGGGAAGGUGUGCUUCGCGAGGUGGACCUCCUCCGGCUCUUGAAAUCCAUUCGACCCAGCGUUGCCGAAGACGAGGAAGAGGAAGAGGCAGAAGACAUGGCGGGCGCCAUUCGGCAGCUGCUCUCGCGCAUCGCCGGGCCUUCCGCUCUGGUCUGCACCAAGACGGAGGUUCGGGAGUUCUUGCGUGGUCUCUGUGGCGUUGUGGCAGAAGACAAGGACACCGCUGCUUCCAGAAUGGCCGAGGAGAUCGUCAAGAAGAAGAGCUCAAGCAUGGACGUCUUCGGUAAGAUGAGUUCGGCAUCUUCAGGAACGUCUCACAAGACUUCCCUCCGCGAGGACGCUCGCGCCGGCAAGGUUCCGUCCGCAGAUGCAGCAAAGGUGCGGCAUCCGGUCAUUGUGGAAGAGGAGGAAGUGCGCCACAUUACACCCCGCGAUUCGCCGAAGGUACGAUACGAGGCGCGGCAUGGCGCUCCGGUUCCCGCCACGUGCUGUGGCUCCGGAGCGAAAGACGGUUCUGGCGUGGGCAGAGAGGAGACAGAUGUUUGUGGGCAGUACGUCCGUAUUGACGGCCAAGACUCGGAGAAGGUUUCGGAGUCGGUUCUGGAGCAGGCGUUCCCAUCGUCUUUGUCAGCUUUGCGGCUACCUCCGGCCAAUGCUCACCGCUUUGGCUCGAAUAACGUACAGGCAUCCUCAGGAGAUGACGAUGAUGUCCGUGACGACGAUGCGGCCGCUGGGGUUCUGGAGGAGCGGCGUCACUACGAUGAGGUUGCAAGCAGCAAGCCAUCCUUGUCCACGGUUCCUUCCAGCGCCUGCACUCUCUCCCUGCCGGCAGUUGGCAGCUUAGAGAGCAUGGCCUCUCCAACCAAAAACCAACGGCCGAAGGAGUUUCGCGUCCUUCUGCCUCCGGGCCAGCCCCACGGUCUGACCGUCACAACAGAGGAUGGGCUCACCUUGAAGGUUCGCGAGGUCGGCGAAGGCCGAGUCAAGGACUGGAACAAUUCCAUGCCGUCCCUGCAAAUCAAGAAGCACGACCACAUCGUCCAAGUCAACCAAGUGAUGAUUGGCGCGGACGCGAUGCAAGACGAGCUUCAGAAGGACGCUUCCCUGGAAUUGAUGAUCCGAAGUCGCGACCAUCGGAAGAGCGCCGGGGUGAGCUCCAGAGCCUCUUCGACAGCCAGCGAUGCCAGCCCUUCUACCCUUCUGGGCCGUGUGGGCGCGUCAAGUGCCAAGGAGGCCACGUACAACGAUCCAGAUGCAGGCUCACCGCUGGAAGCAGUCAUCGAGGUGGGACACUUGGAAAGCGGCGCCACAAACGAGACCAGGCAGCCACUUGGAGCACGGAGGAAUCGAAGCUUCGCCUCUCAGUACAACAACCUCCGCCGUAUUGCUGCAGAGCAGCAGCCUCCUGGCUUCUGCAGGCAGCUUCGUGUGCUCCUGAAGCGCAGCUUCAUUCAGUGGUGGCGGGGCAGCUGGCAAAGAGCUAUAUUCCUCGGGGUCAUCACGGGCUCAUCCGCGAUCAUGGCCACCAUGGAUGCCUUCGUCGUCAAGGAAGCCGAGUGGCAGGCCCUGCCGGUGCUGAACCUCCACACCACACUGGCGCUGCUGAUUGCCGUGUUUUCCCUGAACCUCUUCAGUACCGACCGUCCGGUGUUCUGGCGGGAGCGGGAAAGCGGCUUGAGCGUCGCUGCCUUCACGGCCUCGAAAAUGGUAGUCAAUUCGAUUGACCUGGUUCUGCAGUGCUUCCUUCUCGCGUCGGUCUACUACAUGAUUCGUCAGCCCGUGGUCAGCUUCCUCGUCUUCUUUCCGCCCUUCUUAUUGGUGACCAUCGCCGCUUCCGGCCUGGGCUAUGCCAUCUCGACCUGUUUCCCUCCGAAGCAUGGCCCCUUCAUCACUGCA